GAUCGACAUCGCCUCUUGCCGGUAACGCCCGGUUUUUAGCAUUUUAUGUGCUAUGAAGAUUAUCCAAAGAUGAUUUUGAGAUAGUUUUCUCGUUACAUCAACUGGUAUAUAAAGCCAGCGACUGGUCGUCUUUACAACAGACCUUCUUGAAUCAAGAUCCAUCGAUAUCAUUUGGAAGCACUCAAUACCCUAUCGUCUAAUACCACAGUCCUCUUUUUCGUGCCACCGUCAAAUACACGGACAGUUUUAUCUCAGCCAUACUAUCAAGAUCAAGCAAUCAUGUCUCUUACUGGCAGCAGUACUCAUGCUCCAAGUAUCCUGCUUCCAAUAGCCACAUCUCGCAUUUCAUCCUCGAAAAAUGGACGAGUACCCAUUUCCCAAACAGCCGCAUACUCCUGGCUACAGGUCCAAAAGAUAUUGGAGAUUUCAGCCCAACCCAAAUCACAAUUUUUCGAAAAAGACUCGGCGGGUAUCCUAGAGCGUUCGUCCAGUCCCUUGACUCGGAACAACUCGUCAUCAUAAUCCUAGCAUCGCUAUUGGUACGACGGAGCCGUUCACUUCAGGUGAUAUGAUAUUUAAUGGUCCUGGUGAUGGAGAAAAUAACCAUUAAGGGACUCGGAAUCCCAAGGCUUGAUGUUAUGUAACAAGUAUGGAUUAUUAAAAGGCGCGUGCCCGAAUUGCAAUACGAUCCAGCAACUAGCAUCAACUGACUAUAUUAUCACGUGUUUGGAAGAAGAUCGGUCAUGUUACGUGAUUAAAUAGAUUGGUUAUAAGAGUCGCUCUGUUGGCUGCAUCACGCUUGUUUGCCAGGGUAUGUGAGCUUGCCAAGCUUCUGUUACUAC